UAGAUACUCUGUGAACUCCGUUCCAGAAGCUGAUAUAAAUGUAAUGGAAGGUGAGAUCAUUUCAUUUACAAAGAGGCUUUUACAAAUCAUCGCCAUUUCCUGGCCAAAGUUGUGAGGCACUAUGUGUGAUGACGAUGAAACCACUGCCCUUGUUUGUGAUAAUGGUUCUGGGCUUUGCAAAGCUGGGUUUGCAGGAGAUGAUGCCCCAAGGGCUGUAUUUCCAUCCAUCGUUGGACGUCCUCGACAUCAGGGUGUUAUGGUUGGAAUGGGUCAAAAAGACAGCUAUGUAGGGGAUGAAGCACAGAGUAAAAGAGGGAUCUUAACACUGAAGUAUCCCAUUGAGCAUGGAAUCAUCACUAACUGGGAUGACAUGGAAAAGAUUUGGCAUCAUUCUUUCUAUAAUGAACUUCGUGUUGCACCGGAAGAACACCCAGUCCUGCUGACUGAGGCUCCCUUGAAUCCUAAGGCCAACCGUGAAAAAAUGACGCAGAUUAUGUUUGAGACAUUCAACGUGCCGGCCAUGUAUGUAGCAAUUCAGGCAGUGCUGUCUCUGUAUGCAUCUGGAAGAACUACUGGAAUAGUUUUGGAUUCUGGGGAUGGUGUCACACACAAUGUGCCUAUCUAUGAGGGUUAUGCCUUGCCUCACGCCAUUAUGAGACUGGAUCUCGCAGGCAGAGACCUGACUGAUUAUCUCAUGAAAAUCCUUACAGAGAGAGGCUACUCUUUUGUCACCACUGCGGAACGGGAGAUUGUGAGGGAUAUAAAGGAGAAGCUUUGUUAUGUGGCUUUGGAUUUUGAAAAUGAAAUGGCAACUGCUGCUUCCUCUUCCUCUCUUGAAAAGAGCUAUGAGCUUCCUGAUGGACAAGUCAUCACCAUUGGAAAUGAACGAUUCCGAUGCCCAGAAACACUCUUCCAGCCAUCCUUUAUAGGGAUGGAAUCUGCAGGUGUCCAUGAAACCACUUAUAACAGCAUUAUGAAAUGUGAUAUUGACAUCCGUAAGGAUCUUUAUGCUAAUAAUGUUCUCUCUGGUGGAACCACAAUGUAUCCUGGUAUUGGUGACCGUAUGCAGAAAGAGAUUACAGCGUUGGCUCCAAGUACUAUGAAGAUUAAGAUGAUUGCACCGCCAGAACGUAAAUACUCUGUCUGGAUUGGGGGUUCAAUAUUGGCUUCUCUAUCCACCUUUCAGCAAAUGUGGAUCAGUAAAGAUGAAUAUGAGGAAGCGGGUCCCUCUAUUGUCCAUCGCAAGUGCUUUUGAAUGCUUCCUUCAUUUAUUGUCGGUGCUAAGCGUGCCAUUUCUCUACACAUCAUCUGCCCUCAUUCAUCUCUGAGGGAACUACAUGGAUUUACUAUCUCCUACCUGCUAUAAAAUGCACUACGUGGGUGUCAUGCUAAUUAGUAUAUUACUUCUAAUUUUUAAUGCUGAAGUGGGACUAACAUUUCUUGAGGGGCUUCCAAGAUUAAUAACAAUAGUUAUGCAUUUAUGUAGCACUUAACUUCUUCAGCCUCACUCUGCCAAGAAUUUUUAAGCAUUGCACUGCCAUUCAGGAGUUAGCACGCAGUACUGCUGUACGGUAGUCUCCACUAAUUGAUGGCAAAUCUGAAGCCUGCACAUAACAGGCAAUUCUUUCAAGCCCAAACGAUAUGCAGCAUCUAGGCACCGUGUGUUUAUUUUCUGCAGUUAAGCGGUACACAGGAUUUUACUAAGGGGAUGGGUACCAAUACGUAUGUGUUCUUUCAGUACAACUUGUGUGAAUUUCUUUCACUUGUAUCCUGUAAUUGUUUGGCAGGAGACCUCUGUCUCCCUCUGACCACCAUUUCCCAUCAGUGAAGAGUUUCAGCAAACUACGGUACUUUUUUGUGCUUACAUGUAACGGGUUAAUUGUUGCAUUACUGUUCUUCAUCUCCCUUUUUCCUAUGCAGCUAAGUGAUGUUUCAUUUACUUGCUUUUGUGAUCUCUGUGCCAUGCUAAGCUAAUGAUUACUGAGUAAAUCAUCUUCUAAAUAUGUUAUCAAAAUAUUCUGGGCUUAAUGGAUCAAUAAAAGUGUAAUUAUCCAUGUAA